UGUGGUGGAGACGGGGGUACUUGCCAGUUGCUAGUUCGCUUAGCUCUCUUCUGAUUUCGGCCGUUUCAAAUUAACCUGAGUGGGAGCAGCCGUCAAUUUCGAACUUGAGCCGAUCUACGCCGUGCUGCCCCGCCUAUUCGCCGUCGAACUGCAUCCCGCUGAGGCUCGGAUGUGAUCCUGAAAAGAUUCCAGAGGAUUCCAGAUUUCUAUUGCCCAGCUAUUGGUCAUCUUAUCCGUCUAGGUAAUGGGAUCCAAAGAGGAGCACAAUUUGAUGAUCGGAGGUGACAUGACGGAGUCGACGCAGAUCGAUCCAAAAAGAAGCAGAUUUCCCUACUGCAUUGUGUGGACGCCGCUUCCUGUGCUUUCGUGGUUUUUCCCUUGCAUCGGGCACAUCGGGAUAUGCCGGGAGGAUGGAGUUAUCUUAGAUUUUGCUGGUCCCAAUUUCGUCUGCGUUGAUAACUUCACGUUCGGUGCUCCAAAGAGGUACAUUCAACUGAGCAAGGAGCAGUGUUGCACUUUACUAGGCUCUACUGACCACAGCAACAUAGAUGAGCCACCAGAGAGUGAAGAUGGACGAGAAAUCGCUAGUUGGGAUGAUGCAUUAAGGAGAAGUACAUUAGAGUACCAACACAACUCCUACAACAUCUUAACUUGCAAUUGCCAUUCUUUCGUCGCAAAUUGUCUGAACCGGUUGAAGUUUCAGGCUGGCAAUUGGAAUGUAGUAAACUUAGCUAUACUUAUGUUCGUCAAAGGACGCUUUGUAAGUAAGAUUGCUGCUUUCCGGACCUAUCUACCCUUUCUCCUAGUGUUUGCACUUGGGUUUGGGCUCGGAGGAAACACCUUCCUCACAUAUUUGGCUAUCUUCAUUUUCAUCUUAGUAGGCUGGUUUAUUGUAGGUACAUAUUGUUUAAGAAAUGUCAUACGUGUCUAGCUUUUCUACCUGUUUUCAAAUGUAAAAACAAGUUUGCGAUGCAUGAUCUACAUUUGUAAUACCAAUACAUGCUUCUUGUUGAAUUUUACUUGAAAAGCAAUAUUGAAGAUUGAA